AUGUCUGCGUUUUUCUUGCUAGCGCCACCACCAGCUCCAAAGGACAAGCGUCGGUCUUCCAAGACCUCUUCAAACUCGGGGCGCAUAUCCCAUCGGUCUGCCAGACGCUCAGAUUCUGGCCUGGCCAAGUCCAUUAUGGCUGCCAAUAUUGGCACUGAUAAAAAACCCAAGAAGUUGUUUGAUCCUAAGAAAUUGCAAUAUGUCGAUGCAGAGGAGUUGAUGACCCCUUUUGAGAAGAAGCUACAUAUUUUCGAGGAGAAGCUUUUGGGCUUUAAGAAAUCCGACAAGUUUGCGGAAUAUACUGAGUCUCUCAAUAGCAGCUUUCGCGAGUCCAAGCACCUCGGCAAAUACACUCCAUUGAUGACAUUGGAUGCUUUGACACAUAUGCGCUACUGCUAUUUUGAGCAGUUUGAGCCUGAAUUGUUAGAAGUGCAAGCCCGACUUGCCCAAUCCACCCCUCCGUAUGUUGAACUUGUCUUGUAUAACGAGAGAUUAGCACGCUAUACCACUGACAGUCGUACUAAGUCGAUGUCACAACGACAUAGCGUGAGCGCAAGUCCACAAAGCCGAAACAGCUCACAGGGCAGAAACAACUCAAUAAGCACAUACAGCCCGUUGGGAAGAGAUACUAGACCAGACCUUCUCCUGCGACUCAGCGAUGAGUUUAUUCUGAACACAUCUGCUAUUCGCCUGCUUCUACUGCAGCCUCUGUUCUGGAACGACGUGUACCUGGAUAUGAAGGUGGCAACUAAUCCUGAACACUACGAUUGGCUCCCAAACCGUGAUGUAGCGCAAAAUUUCAUGAUUGACUUAAUGGAUGUGGCUUUUUCACAUGUCCACUGCUUCUCAUGUGAUGUUGAAGACACUCCAGAUCUCAACCAAGAUGAAAUUUUCGAGUUGAAGAAGCAACAGUACUUCUACUUUGGAGUACAGGGCCAAAAAGACCUAGCUACCCUUAAUCUGCAUCUUCACGAGACAUUUGUUGUCAAUAUGACCCACGUGCCGAUUGGAUUAAAAGAAGCUGAGGUUUGCACGGUUGUCAAGGAGUUGUGCCAGUGUGUUUGCGACAACCUUCUCAUUCAGUACUAUGGUCGUCGCCAGGCCGAGUACAUUUUGGAGCAUUUUGGAGAGUAUAUCGGAGUCAUAGCUGAUAUCAUGAUACGAACCACCAACUACGAAGAAACGAUUGUGAAUGAAACACUACAGGCAAGAGAACAGAAGAACAGCAGAUUUAAGAGCAAAAAACUCAUGAGCAAUAGACUUGUGAGCACCAGCGAUAGGAGCCCCAGAAGUAUCAAGCAAUUGGAUACAAAUGUCGGCGAUAAGAGUGCUAAAGAUAGAAGUGGACUUGAUCGAGUGGAUCGAAACUACCGGAUAGAGGAAAGCUACAAGCCGGACAAAUCGGAUAAACCUGACAGGUCAUACUCACCAACCACACAAGGGCCCCGGCUGUUCCCAGAUACCUCGAGUUUGGAAUCACAAUUGACAUCGAUAUUUGAUCCCCAACACUGUGAGUCGUCGUAUCCUGCACUGACUCAUACCCAACCUGUGCAGUUGGAAGAGCCCAAGAAGCAAAAGAAGAGCUUUUUUGGAUUUGGUAAACUCAAGCGGCUGGUACGUUAG